AUGGCCCUCUCUCAACUAUCUCAGUGGAAUAUUCCACCAGAGCUCAUCCAGGAAGUAUCAAGAUAUGCCACACCAACCAGCAUUGCCGAUUAUACAGCCUUGGCCAUUCUUGCCGGCAUAGGGGCAACCUUCCUGUCGCGAGGAAUCCUAUGGGACAAGCCUGAUCCAUAUCACCACCUGGCAUUUGAGAGACCUCAGCUGAAGAACGGCGGCCAAGCUGGAGCAAAUGCCAACAGAGAAACAAGGAACAUCGCACAGAAGCUGGAGGAGACCGGGAAGAACAUCGUCGUUUUCUGGGGGUCACAGUCUGGUACAGCCGAAGGUUUUGCCCAUCGACUAGCAAGGGAAAUCUCUGUGCGCUGGGAUCAGGAGACUAUGACGGCAGACCUUUCAGACUAUGACCCUGCUACCAUUGCUGAGAUCCCCGACUCUAAGUUGGCCAUCUUCAUCGUCUCGACCUAUGGCGAAGGUGACCCGAGUGACAACACGGCCGAUUUCUGGAGUUGGAUCAACAAGGCCGAUGGUGUCUCGCUUGCCAAUCUGCGCUAUGCAGCCUUCGGCUUGGGCAACUCCAACUACAAAUUCUACAAUCGCGUUGUUGAUGUCAUCGUGGAGGGUCUGGAGAAGUCUGGAGCCAAGGCUUUCAUGCCAAUCGGUAGAGCGAAUGACGCCGAGGGCGCCACUGAAGAAGAUUUUAUGGCGUGGAAAGAUAAUUUAUUCGCUUGCUUCCGGGAGCAGUUCCGCUUCCAAGAAGUUGAAGCCAAAUACAUUCCAAGCCUGACGGUCGACGAAGAUGAGUCCUUGGAACCCAUUGACUUGCACAGUGGAGAACCCAAAAACCACAUCGAUGGACUCAAGUCAGCUACUCAGUCGUCGCCGGUACGCACAUUGCCUAUCACAAAAUCCAGGGAACUCUUUACUGCAUCAGAUCGAAACUGCUUGCACAUGGAUUUGGACUUGACUAGCCAGCCCGAGUUGACCUACAAGACUGGUGAUCACCUUGCCAUUUGGCCUGGAAACCCCGAUGUCGAGGUUGAACGCCUGCUUCAGGUACUUGGCAUCUCAUCACGCCGUGAUAUUCCUCUCAUCAUCAGAUCCAUUGACUCUGCCACCAAAAUUACGAUCCCUACGCCAACGAGUGUCAUUGCUCUCUUCCGUUACUACCUAGAGAUUUGUGCCCCGGUCAACCGUGAUAAUGUCCGCGACCUCGCACAAUUUGCACCAACCCCAGAGGCAAAGGCCUACCUGAUCAAGCUUGGCCAGGAUAAGGAGUUUUACGCUGGCUUCAUCAACCGCACACACCUCAAUCUCGGCCGCCUGUUGCAACUUGCAUGCCCCGAGAAGGCUUGGUCUAAUCUCCCACUCGCAUAUCUCGUCGAGACAAUGCCCCACAUUCGUCCCCGAUACUAUUCCAUUUCCUCAAGCAGUGUUGUCUCUCCUCGCAAACCCUCCAUUACCGCCAUCGUCUCCACAACUCCUCUUCAAGGCAACGCCAACGAACUCGUGCACGGUGUCACAUCCAACUACCUUCUUGCCAUUUCCCAACACUUCAGCUCCCAGCCUCACCCACAUGGACUGACAUACCACCUCAAUGGCCCCAGCGACGCUUUGGAGGGUGGUAAAGUCUUCGCUCACAUCCGUCGCAGCAAGUUCAAAUUGCCGAUCACGAGCAAGACACCUCUGAUCAUGGUGGGCGCGGGUACAGGUCUAGCACCAUUCCGCGCAUUCCUGGCCGAGCGAUGCCAAGUCCAGAAGAUUGGCAAGGAGAUUGGACCCAUGAUUCUUUUCUUUGGAUGCCGCAACCCCAAUGAAGAUUUUAUCUACCGGGAUGAGCUGGAGGAGAUGCAAAAGGCUCUUGGCGACAAGUUGCAGCUGGUAACGGCAUUCUCGAGAGAGGAGAGCUCACCACGCAAAUAUGUACAGGAUCGUGUCUCGGAGCUUGGCGAUGAAGUUGUCAAGCUUAUUGAUGAGGGUGGCAGCUUCUAUGUUUGUGGCAGGGCUGGGAUGGCGCGGGAGGUUGAGAAGGCUGUUGGUGGUGCAAUGAAGAUUGCGAAGGGAUGGUCGAAUGAUGAGGUGAAUGACUGGAGCAAGGCUGUGAAGAAGAAGAAUAAGUGGCAGGAAGAUGUAUGGGGAUAA